GUAGAAAGUAAGGUUAUGUUCAAAUUUUUCAAAAAUAUUUACGUUUUUUAGAAUAUGAUUUCUAAUUUUCGAUAUAUAUUAACAGUUAAUAAACCCAAAUUGGUCAAAUUAUACCCCCAAUUAGUUUCUGCUUUAAGAUUCAAAUCGAACAAAGAUGCUUUAAAUGCUGAUAAAAAAACCACAACAAAACGAAAAGCUGUUUUAGGGAAUAUGAGUUCAAAAUAUGAUGUAUUUUGCGAUGAAGACGCUGAAAUAAUUUUAGAUGUAUAUGAAGAAAAGUUAAAGUACUCACAACUUUUAGAAGAGCAAGAACUGGAACCCGAUAGAUAUGCAGGACUAAAUCUAGAACGUGGUAAAACUGGUGUUUAUGAUAUAGAAGACUUAGUAGAAGUUUUAAAACGUGAACAAGCACUAAACAUUUUCGUUGUUAGUGUACCAAAAGAAAUAAACUAUGUAGAUUAUAUUUGUAUAGUUAAUGGUAAAUCUGUAAGACAUAUGCAAGCCAUAGCGCAAUUUAUUAAGAAAGUGUUUAAACAGAAAAGAAGAGAGUCGGAUUUGCUACCAAGAGUUGAAGGUGAAGAUUCAAGGGAUUGGCUGGCUUUGGAUUUAGGUAAUAUAGCACUUCACAUUUUUUCUGAAGAAGCAAGAGCUCAUUACAAUUUGGAGUCCCUCUGGGCAUUGGGUCACGAAUUUGAUGACGAAUACAACAAACCGGAACCGGUGUCUGACAUUUUAGAGAAACACUCAGUAUAUUUAAAAGAUCUGCAGCCUGCGUCGUAGAACAAUUUAUAUAAACAGUUCUUUAAUCAAUGAUUGUGUAAUUUUAAGACAUCUUUGAUAAUUUCUGGGUUUUGACAAUGCAGUGUAGCGGGAAACAUUACAUACGGUGAGAGUAUGUGAACUACUAGCUACUAGCUUAACUUAUUAAUAAAACUUUGGUAUAUU